AAUUAUCAACUAUAGGAAAACGUUCUCCAAGGGAUGUUUCGACGUUUCUCUUACUUUUAAAAUUCGAAAUGUGGUUUGUGGUACUGUGGUAGGUAGGUAGGUAGUUUGAAAACAUUACUUUGGAAAAUUUUCAAAACUCCGAAAAAAAAUUCAUUUGUAAUAAUCUGAUGAUAACCAAAAUGACACAAAAACUUGAAAAAGGGAAUCGAUAAAAAUUGUAAUGUCAACUUUUGUAAAAUUGAAAUCGAAAAAAAAAAUCAAAAAUCUAUCCAUCAACAACAAAAUAAUGAUUAGGUAUUUAUUAAAAAACUCAAUCAUUGAAGCAAAAAAAAAAUCAAACGAAGCAGAAGUUCGUAACACUCAUUCAAAUAUAAAUUACUGCAAAAAUCUAAUGAAAAUAAUUUCAAAUAAAGUCAAACAGAAGUGAGAAAAUCAACUUGCUUUAAUUUUAUGGAAUAAAAAUCAAUUAAAAUUUGCGAAAUAACGAAAUAUUCAAAUAGGUAGGUACUAGGUAGGUACUAUAGGCAAUUUGUUAAUAUGAUAAAAAUUAAAGUUGAAAAUCGUCCAGAAUUUGAUAACACGACAUGAAUUUUACCAGUAAAAAAACAUCAAUUUUAUUCAACCUUGUGAAAAUUGACCAACACUGAAAUAAAUUAGCAAGUGGCAAGUGGCAACAACUGAAACUAGUUCUUAUUCGUAUCGGAGUCUUUACUCGAUAGUUCGUUCGUUCAACGCUUAACGCUUAUCAGUAAGGUAUACAAUGUACGAGACAUAAAUCAUCAUUCUUGUGUAGAAGUGCGAAAAUUUUUCAAUUUUUUUCAAGUCGGUUCUUCCAUGGCAUUUUCAACUACCUAGAUCAAAAGAUCAAGAUCUUCGUUAUCAACGUACCACUGAUGAAUAAUCGCUAUACAUAGUUCACAGCAUCUGUAAAAAUCAUGUCAUUCAAUGUGGAAAUGCAUAAACGCUUAAUGAGACGAAUCGACGUUUUAUGGAAGCUACGCGAUGACCCGGAUCUAAUUAAAGUAAAAAUACUUCGUGAUCAUCUUCUGUCAACUUACGAUAAGAUGGUAGCAUAUGAAACAAAAAUCGAAGAAAACUCCGACAGCAUUCCCAAUCUUCCCACGUGGUUAAACGAAGUUGAGGUAGCCCAUAUAAAGACGAUCCAAGCAAAAAUAAAAUUAGAGCAAACCCUUUCGUCGAGCAAAUCAACAUCACCAACCGAAACCAAGGUAGGUGACACCUCCAAUCCAACAAAACAAUCCGAAAGUGGGAAAAAUUCGGACUUACAAAUUCGUAAACAACGUUUCCUAAUCAAACGAAUCGAAUCGCUGGAAAUACUCGAUGAUAUUUGUGCAAUAAAAGCAGAAGUACUGCACAACCACCUUUCUCAACUUUACGACUCGUUCAUCUCAAAUCAAAUCCAGAUCGAAGCAGGCACCGACGACGAUACCAAUCUCGAUAAUCAACAAAAAAUUACCACAGAUAUCCAACGAAAAGUGAUCGAUUUUCAAACGAAGCUGAAAAAAAUCAUGCAAUCGAUCGCAUCAACUUCAUCGACAGAAUCCAACAUCAGUAUCGAUCGUUCAAUUCAGCCAACACCGAUUGACACCACAGCCAAUUUAGACUCGUUAUUCCAAAAGCGAGAAUCAUUCAUUAAACGAAUAUCUUUGUUGGAACCUAAGGAAGAUCUUAGUCCAGAAAAAGCUGAAGCAAUGUACAAUCAUCUCGAUUCGCUCUACGAGUCUUUCAAUGCGAAUCAAACUGAAAUCGAAUCACGGGUCAGCGGUCCAAUACUUGCUAGCCAGUUGGAAAUUUCUGAGCAAAUUCAAAACAAGAUGAUCAAACUUCGAGCUAAAUUGAAAAAAAUUUUCGCACCGAUUAAACUUUCAUCUUCGUCGACACAAUCCGAGCAACAGGCAUUACAAUCUGAGCAAACCAAGUCACUGGAAUUCGAAAGUAGCCUUCGAUCGACAGACCUCAAAUUGUCUAGUCUUACAGACUUAUUGGAAUCGCGAUCAAGCAGAGAUGAAACUGAGAGUAAUCUCAACGACAUCUUCACCCAUCUUGAAGAUACCUCAGAAUUAUCUGAAGAUAUUUUUACGAAGAUAGUUUCUCUUGAAACAACAUUGAAUGAAUCCAUCGACGCUAACAAACAUCAUGAAAAAAACACUUUAGAUAAGCUGGAUAGAAUUUUGGAAUUUAACGGACGUUUCGAACAAGAUUACAAAACUAGAGCAUUACAAUCUGAGCAAAUCAAGUCACCAGAACUCGAAAGUAGCCUUCGAUCGAUAGAACUCAAAUUGACUAAUCUUACGGAUUUGUUGGAAUCGCGAUCAAGCAGAGAAGAAACGGAGAGUAAUACGAGCAACGACAUCGACACCGAUCUUGAAGAUGACUCUAAAGAUAUUAAAACUGGGAUAAUUUGCCUUCUAGCAACUAUGAAACAAUAUGAAAAAAACGUUCUUGAUAAGCUGAAUAAAAUUUUGAAAUUUAACGAAGAACGUCACGAAGAAGAUUAUAAAACUAAGGCAUUACAAUCUGAGAAAAUCAAGUCAUCGGAAUCCGAAAGUAGCCUUCCAUCGAUAAAACUCAAAUUGUCUAAUUCUACAGACUUAUUGGAAUCACAAUCAAGCCGGGAUGAAACGAAGAGUAAUAUCAACGAUCUCUACUACGAUCUUGAAGAUAAUUCAGAAAUAUUUAAGGAUAUCCAAAAUAAGAUAAUUUCCAUUCAAACAACAUUGAAGGAAUUCAUCCACGCUGCCGAAGAUCAUGAAGAAAACACUCACAAUAAGUCCGAUGAAAUGCAAAUUAUUAUAAGUAUGUUUGUUCCAAUGGAUGAUUAACCAAGAUCGAGAACGUCUCGACGUUGCAUUGUGGUGAAUAGGCAGUAGACCUUAGAGCACUUAUUUGGUAGAUACCUAAGUACAUUCUUGUGAACGUGAUCCACGCAGUUUUCGAUAGCUACUUUGAAUCCAUAUCCUUGAAUCAAAAAUCAACUAACGGCUCGUUUAUGUAUUAAUUAUCGACUGUUGCCUUUUCGGGUACUAUAUUUUUUAAACAAUUUAUUUGUAUUUUCAAAAACGUCUAUGAUUUCGUCAAACUUAAAGGCUGCUAAAUGUGUCAUUUUUUUAGUCCUGUAAAAUUAAAAACUUAAUUCAUAAGUAGGUAUGUAGUUCGCUGUAUUGAUGAUUAAAAAUAAUUUAUUUUCAUUUUCUAAAAA